AUGGUUGCGUUCAAAGCGGCGUUGUUAUGGCUCAGUACAUCAGCUUACGUUCUUGCAUUACCAGCAAGUAACAAGGACGCUGAGUACAAGUACGACAUUAAUGGCGAGCUCCUUAGCUCUGGCGCCGACAAGAGGUCAAACAGCUAUCCAGUCUGUAAGAAUGACCGAAACUACUCGGCCCUUGUGCGCAACAAGGCCAAAGCAUCGCCAUUUUGCUCCACCUACCUCCGCAGCACGAAGAUCACAACAGUGACACCUACGAUUCGCAAGACUACUACUCGAAGCGACAUCAAAACAGCUACCGUUCGGCAGACCAGUACGGUUACAACACAGAAAAAUACAGUGGCCACAGCCAGAGUGACGGACACGUCUACUGCCACCCAAACAAUGACAGUUACUGCCCAGGUCACAGACACCAAGACAGAUCUAACUACCAUUACACUCACGGACGAUCUCACCAACACUGCUACGGCUCUGGCGACGAGAACAGCAACAGUGGAAGUCACAGUUGACAUCACAAAACAAGUCACUGACACUGUUACUAUUGAAGUAACGGACACGAUUACCAACCAGAUCACGAGCACCGUAACCGAGGGAACCACCGACACAGAGUCUAAAACGGUAACAGUAAUUUCGACCGUCCCGGCCCCUAUCCAAACCGUCACCGCGAACAAAUACCAUUGUUCCAUCACUGGCUACGGUACAGCCCAGUACAGUGUGGCCGCUGGUCCAAGUGGCAGUGGCAACUUUGCCUCCUGUAAGGCGUUCUGCUCGACGGUAUCGGGCGCUGUUAGCUUUGGAUACGGUGGUGGGCAAUGCUCCUGCUACAACGCUCCAGCAGAAAUAAAUGCGAGGAAGCAAGCCUCCCAGUACUAUUUCUCAGACCUAGCUUGCCCUUCUGAGAAUCCUCCCCCCGCCAAACGCGCCGUCACUCAGCCUAAACUCCCCGACUACAUCCCGUGUGAUGAUCCUCGAGAUGUCAGCAGCGCCUGCUCGUGCCUCAUUACUAAGCCGGCCGUUCCUACUACCAAGACGGCUACCGCCUACCCAAAGACCAUCACGGCCACCGUAACAAAGUGCAAGACGGUCACAGUUACCAAACCAACGACAGUCACAAAGACGAACCAAAAGACUGUCACCACAACCCAGCACCAGACCAUCAUAAAGACAGCCUACAAGACCGUUACCGCCACCCACCAUAACGAUGCGACGGUGACUAAUACCGUUACGAAUGAGGUCACUGAGUAUGAUACCAUCACAAUGACGGCCUACAAUACUAUCUCUGCAACGGAAUACAACACAGCGUACUUCACCAAUACCGAUAUGGUCUCUCAGACGGAUACGGACACUCUCACUGCCACAAACACCAACUAUGAAACAAUUACCAACACCGUCACCGUGACUGAGACCAGUACCGCCACGUCUACAUUCACCCCUCCCACGGUGACCGCGACGAUAACUCAGAAUGGAUUCGAGUAUGGGUCCUAG